UGUCGUCCAGAGUCGCACAGACGAGAGAGAGAGGAGAGGUGGCAGCGAGAGGGACAAAACCCUUCCCCGUCGCCGUCCGCCUCGCGCCGCCGGCGAUCCAGCCAGCCAAGACGUCUCCGAGGUCGUUCUUCCCCGACCUCCCCGCCCCGGCGGAGAUCCGGACCGCUGGAGCCGCCCCCGGUCUAGGGUCGGUGCUCGCUGCCCCCCACCGCCGCCUCCGGCCCAGGGUUUUGGAGGUGCCGGGUCUCGAAUCGCGGAGGCUUGACAUUUGACUGGCAGAAUUUAGCAAGUUUUAGCAAUGGGUUUUGACAAUGAGUGUAUCUUGAAUAUUCAAUCUCUUCCUGGUGAAUAUUUCUGCCCUGUGUGCCGGACACUCAUAUAUCCCAAUGAGGCUGUACAAACUCAGUGCACACAUCUCUAUUGCAAACCCUGCUUGGCUUAUGUAGUGGCAACCACCAAAGCAUGCCCUUAUGAUGGCUACUUGGUGACAGAAGCUGAUUCCAAGCCUCUGAUGGAAUCAAAUAAAACCCUUGCUGAGACAAUUGGCAAAGUCACAGUCCAUUGCCUGUAUCAUAAGAGUGGCUGCCAAUGGCAUGGGACGCUAUCUGCCUGUGUCACACAUGGUACUACUUGUGCAUAUGGGAACUCCCCUGUUAUUUGUAAUCGUUGUGGGACACAAAUCGUGCAUCGCCAAGUGCAAGAACAUGCUCAACUCUGCCACGGCUUACAAUCUCAAACUCAACAAGCUGAUGGUACUCAGGCACAGCCAGUGGCGGCAACUCAGGCAGUCACCCAAGAUCCAUCACCUGCCUCAGCAGGAUCUGCUGCAGUUACAGCCACAACCCUGCCAUUUUCAAGUACAGCCACAGCUGUAACAGAUUCUGCAUCAGCAACAGGAGGGGCAGCUGCAUCAGGUUCUGCUUCACAAACUCCAACAGCUCAGCACUCUUACCAGCAACAGCAGCUCCAAUACUCACAGUACUACCAGCAGCAGCACCCUGGAAGCAACCCUUACAUGCAGCAGUAUCAACAGUAUGGCCAAUACCAGCAGGUGUAUCAGCAAUAUCCGCAACCUCCAUUGCAAGUAGUGUCCCAGAACAUGAUGCAAGGAUCUGCACAACCUGCUUCGUAUGUUCAGCCCCAAGUGCAGUCCACCCAGUCACAGUACAUGAUGCAAUCUCAACCCCAAAGUCAGCCCCAGCUCCAACCAUCGACAGGUCAUCCAAAGCUUCAGCAGCAUCCAGUUCAAUCCCAACCCCAAAGUCAGGCCCAUCUUCCCUAUCUUCAAGUACCUGCAGGUCAGUCGCAGCCUCAUCAACCAACUCACCCAGCCCUUCAAGUUCCACAACUGCAACCACAAAGUCAAGUAGCUCUCCAAGUGUCUGCUCCCCAAGUACAGGCUUCAGCACAUACACCAGCUCCUACUCCAGUUGGUAAUCAGCAAUUUGCUAAUACCUCUACUCAGGCAAUGACUCCUCAUGUGCAGCCACAUGUACAAGCCCAACCUCCACAACAGCAACAACAUGCACAUCUGCAAGCUUUACCUCCACAGCAAAAUCUUCAUCCUCAGAUGCAGCUAAACUCUCAAGCCCAGCUUGAAACUCCACAAGUGCAGCAGCAAUCUUACCCACAACCUCAGGCCUAUGCUCAGCAAACACAUCAUAUGCAUCCACAGAAUGCUUCAUACCCACAGCAGCAGAUGCCACAUGGUGCUCUAUUGCAGCAACCUGUACAUGCGUCCCACCAACAAGCACCUGUUUCUCAGCAUCCUGCACUGAUGCGUCCUCCAUUGCCAGGCCAACAGCCAGGUAUGCUGCCUCCUCAGGGAGUCCAGCAUGCAACACAAAAUCAACAGCAUAUUGGGUACCAUGCGCAGUGGCCACCUAUGCAUUCCAAUAUCCCUUGCCAGGCACCACAACAAGGAUUGCCUCCGCACUCAUCUGUUUCCUCACAAUCAGUUCAACCAUACCAACAAGGAAUGCCCUUAUCACAACAGCAGGUGCAUUCUCAACCAGGUCAGCCUUAUACACAACAGCAUGUUCCUGGCAAUACUGGACAUCAUGUUCAAACUUCAGCUGGCAGACCUGCGAGUCAUCUUGCACCGCCACAGCAAUUUCAACAUCAACAGCCAACAACGCUUAGAACUCAGUCGCCUGCUGCUGGACAACCUAUUGGGCAGAGUUCUUUAGAUCGUGAAACACAUGCUUCAAAAUCAGGGAAGCCAGAAAUCGCAAGUAAUGCUGCUGAUAAUACUGCUGUUAGUGAAAAUAAAAAUAAUGGUGCUGAAUCAGCCGUCAUGAGACCUACAACGUCACAGUCAUUUGGUGAUGAAAACAUGAACAAACAGAAUAGUUUUGGUGGUGUUAGAAAAGAUGUAGGGCAAACUGGUAUUGCAUCACACGGCGUAGAUGGUUCAAUUGGUAGGGAUGGAAUUUCUGACCGGACAGGCAAUUUUCAUGGUCCAGUUAUACAGGAAGGUAAAGACCAUAAGGCUUCAGAUGCAUCUACUAAUCAUGGGAAAGGAGGAUCAUUUAAGCAGAUUUCACAGAAAAAUGCAGGGCCAGUGGGCUCCUAUGUGCCCCCAGGCAUGGGACCACAACAUCCAUCUGGACCGGAUAGAAUGCUCCCUCAGCACAUGAUGCCUCCUGGUCAUAAGCAUGGUUUCUCUGAAAAUAUUCAGCCUCCAUUGCAGCAACCGUAUGGUUUGUUUCAUUCUGGAAUGACACCACGGCCAUUGGGAGACAACCAGAUUCAGAUGCCAAUGUCACAGCCUGGGGGUGUCGAUGGUAUGAUUUCGCCGCACAUGGUUGGCCCGUUAGCUGGUCAUCAUGACGCAAUACUGCCUCCUUUUGUUGAAAAUUUGGGCCAGCCACCUGCAAGUGGAAGGGCUUUUCAUGAAGAGAUGUUCAACACUUCAGGGGAACAUCUCAGGUCACGUGCAGCAUAUCCUGGUAGACAUGACAAUAUGGAAGAUGGUCUAAAGCAAUUUCCAGGACCAGCCCAUCUGGAUGGUCAGGGCCUGCAAAGUGGUCCUAGACCUUUUGAGAGAGGUUUAGGUAGACCUGAUGGUUUCCUUGAUUCAUUACCAGGAAGGCCUCCAUUUCCAAACCAGAGAAGUCCAUUUCCUGUAGCCUUGCAUGAGGAUUUUUCAAGGAAACCAAAUGCUACUGUCGGUAACCCUGCACAUGGUGCAGAGUUUGAUCAUCACAGGACUGAUGGAAUGCCUAUUUUCAGAAACCCAGGUCCAUUACAAGGGAUGAGUGGUGGUCCUCAUGGUCCCCGAAAAGACCAGCUUGGAUCUGGUACCCUUCCAGGGAAUUUACAACAUUCUUUUGGGGGUCCAGAGUUCCCUCCUACUCGUUUCAACCCUGGUCACAUGCAUCCAGGUGAUCCUAAUCUUGUUGCUGGCUAUGCUCAUCAUGGAUUUCCUACAGAAUCAUCACACUUUGGUUUGGCUGGACCCUUUAUAAACAGGAAUGUUGGUUGGUGCAGAAUAUGCAUGUUUAACUGCGGGAGUGCAGAGAACCUGGAUCUGCAUGCACAGACAAUGGAACAUCAACAAUGUGCGAUGGACAUUGUCCUGAAAAUGAAGCAAGAUGUUGCAAAGAGGCAAAAGCUGAAUUAUGGAGGUGCCAAGUCAUUCCACAACAAAAAGGUAGCUGGGAAGGGGCACUUUCGUGGAAAUAGGCGUUAGCUGGUUCAGCGCUUGAUGUGAUUUUGAAGAUUGCUGGUGAUGCUUAUGGACGUUUCAAAGGCAAAUGAGGAUUGAGAUUUCUUCAGACUUCUUGUUCAUGCAGUUCAGCACAUUUGAAGUGGAACUUGUAAUGGUCCCAAACUUUUGUUGCCAUGUUGGUCUGUAGAGUUCACAUGCCUUUAUGGUUUCUUUGGUUACCAUUUUGGAUGUUCUGGGAAUGGUUAAAUUGCUAGUAUCUUUUACUCUGCUAUAUGUGUGAUAAUAUAUGACUACUGCGUCUUUCAACUAGAUUCUAUUUUCAUAUGAUGGCAACUUCAUAAUAGUACACCACACUGAAAAUUUUGCAAAAAGAUUGGUAAUUGAAUUAAUUUUCAGACAGCCAUAAAAUGAUAAAUUUUCGUUGGAAACUUUUGAUAAGGGGCUUAUGGAAAAUUGUUUCUAGUGCUUCCAGUGCCUGAAAUUUUGACUAGUUUUGCAUAGAUUAGAUCCCAAAACCUGAAUAUAUAAUUUUAAGGAUUGAAUGCUGUAUACUUUCUUAAUGAAUUACUUAUCAUGGAAUCAGCUAUGUUGCCAAAAAAAGGAGGACAAUCUGCUGCAAUCCUGGUUAAAACGUGGACUAGAGCUAUUGACAUCUCUAUGUCAUGGCACAACAACAAUAUAGCUGCCCCAAGCAAUAGUUUCAUUGAAAUUGUUACUUGUUCUUUUUGCCCGUGAGGGCAUCCGUUAGUGUUAAAGGGACGCUUAGGAGGGUGGAAGAAAACACAAAUAUGAAGAGGUUUGGAGCUGGGACUUGUAGCUUGAAUGUUAGCCUGGGAUGGGAUGGGAACACUGUAAGAGAGAAUUGAUGUUGUCUGAUUGAAAUCAAAUUCGGAACCAAAGGAUGUACAUGUGGGUUAUGCUAUAAUGUUCAAAAAAGAGAGGAUAGAAGAAAAAUAUAUGCUUGGUUUUCAUAUGAAUACUGAUGAGUGAAUCAUGUAUGUGGAGCUUAUUCAUACCAAUGCUGGAGUUGUUGUGUCCCCUUCUAGUUAGUUGCUUAGUUCCUGGAGGUAGUGAUGGUUUGAGUAUCAUAGGUUUUGGGUUCAGAAUGGGGUCUCACUAGAAUCCUACGGACACUAAAUGCUAUGGAUGAAAUACUUCAGUUUGUAAUUCACUCCAGCAGGACACAUGGCUUGUUCAGUUAUGUUUGAUGUGAUUGUUCACAUGUGAUAUAUUUUGCUGCUGGUGGCCUCUUUUUCUAGAUCGUUUCUUCCUUGGCGAUCAUUAAAUCAUUUGUCUUUGCUGUUUGUUUGCUAAGCAGAAACUGGAAAGUGUAGGAUAAUUUCCAGCCGAGGGCUCUUCUGUCAUACUUGCAUGCUUGCCUAAUGAUGGUUACGAUGGCAUGAUUUUAACGAUGGUAAGGAUGACAUGCUUUGAUAAUGAUGGUAAGGAAAGAUAUGUAUUGAGCUUUUGUUACAAUGCACUUUGAACUUUUGACGAGUUUUCUGUUGUAGAUUAUGGCUGAAGUAUUUAAGCCAGUCUAUUGCCUAUCAAUUUCUUGGACACUAAUGCCUGCACUUUAUGUACUUGUGUGAGGCCAUCAUGAACUGCUAUGCUUGUAUGAUUUAUAUUAAACAAAAUGCUAUAUGCUUAUCUGUAGAUGUAUUUCUGUAUACACUAACUAGUUGUGUAUAUAUGCUCAUUCCAUGUAAUGAGUGACACUAGGACUUGCUUAAACUUAUUUAUAUGAGAUUGCCGAUUUGUUCUAGUGUGUCCCAGUGUAACAUUUGAUCACUUUCCAGCCUUUAGUUAGCUUGCCUGAUAGUAUUGGCCAUAGAAGAUUUCCCCCCAAACAAAGUUGCUUGGAAUCAAUUUUCCCAAACUCAGGUUGCUUGGGAUUGAACUUGUUAUAAAUUUUCUUCACGUGCUCAUGGGUUUCAUCCAAACUACUCAGCAUGUAGCCCACACGUGCAGCUUCUUUGACAUGCUUUACUGUGAUUUCAUAGAAGUGUAGUCAGACUUUAAGGUUAUUUAGCAAGUUGAUUGUAUUGCUCAGAACAACUGAAAGCCUAAGGUUAUUUAGCAAGUUGAUUGUAUUGCUCAGAACAACUGAAAGCUUUCUACUCUAUACUAUACUUGAUUGUAGCUGCUAUUAGUUAGGAUAUCAUCAACCUAUUGAAAAGGCCCCAUCCUUUCCCUUUUGCUGCAUGCAUAAUUUGGUGAUCAGCUGCCUACAAAUGAAUUGGCCAGAGAUUUACUCCCUCUGUCCAAAGUUACACGCCAUAUUUUGCUUUCAACAAAGCCCAAAGAAUUCAUUAAGAUGACUACACUAGUGCACUACCCCGCAUUACUAUGAAAAAGGCUGAUUAGAUAUGUGGUUGAUUACCAUGAUAACUUAGCAAUUGGCACGCCGAACUCUGGGUUCACCAAUGUUUUGGUAUACAGAAUGGUGGGUGAAAUUUCAAAAACCUGGCUAGCUCAAGUUCCAUUUGGUUUCUACCCAGUUUUGAAUCAAAAGAUUUUAGUUUGAAGCUGAUGCACAUUUGAUCUUUUAGGUUAGACUAGAACUAAAACAAAACUAAUGGUAACCACUGGUAUAGACUUAGAGCUAAAUACAAGCAUUUUUUGUAGUAGAUAUUCUGAGGAGGUUUAGAAGGCAUGAAGUUGGUAGGGUACCCACUACCCACCCGUUUGGCCACAAUCCUGUGGUUACCACCGGUUUUCUUGAACCUGGGCUCCCUCCUAAUUAGAUUUGAACUGUAGGAUGGCUGGGUGCUGGUGCCAUUUAUCACUAGUGCCAACAGUAUUAAGGAAUAAUGUAUGUUGCAACGUUAUUGUAUCAAUUGGGUAGUUACAAUAUUAACCUGUAGGACAAUUAUUAAUAACAAUUGGCAACUUGGUGAUCUUGUUUGUUGUUCCAUAUCUAUACAGAUCUAUGUUUCUUUGGCAUCUAUUUUUGUUUUGUGUUACUUCUUUGGGAUUCUUGUAGUAACUCAACUGAUGCGGAUGGAUGUGCCUGCGUACCCACUGCGCUGAUCCAACUGAUUGCGCCUUUGCUCAUUUUCUGCCUGCAUCCGAUGUUUUUGACUCCGCUGCACGUCAUAUUCCCGAUGCUGAGUUCUUUGAUGUAAAAUGCCGUGUUUCUAACAGCCAACAAUGUAAACAAUUUUUUUAAUGGAUUAAAACUUUCUUUUUAAUGAUGUGCGCCUACUAAUUAAUUUACCUGCCGAUGUAAAAGGAUAUUCUUGUAAUGUAUUCUUAAACAUUUCUAUGUCUGUAGUGUAAAUGCCCUCUAAUUAAUGCAUCCACUGGUGUAAAUAAAUGCUCGCAGUAUUCUGAAAAAUUCUUGUUGUAAUAGUUUGUUAUGUAGCAUGAGUUCCUUCAGGGAUGUGUUCCUACUAUUUAGUGGACUGCCGAUGUAAGUAAAUUCUUGUAAUAUAUCGGAAAGCUAAUCAAGUUCAAUUCUUGAAGGGCUCUUUGACACUUUUUUGGCUGUUGAUGCUGCUCCAUGCGGCUCAAGCCUUCGGGUCAUCUUCCUCGACAAGUCUCCAGCCAGGCUUGUGUGGUGGCAGGUGGCGGUUGCGUGGAGCUGCUGAGAUGGGAGCAGGUGUGCUGACCGGUGAGGUGGGUGAAGAAACUGAGCUGCUGAGAAGGGAGCAGUCGGGUGAAGCGGGGAUGUGAGCAACUGCCAAGGAAGAAGAGAGAGCCGGAGGUAGAAGACGGCCGUGGGAUCUCAGUCCACUGGCUCAAAAAUUCUGAGUGACAGGCGAUGGAAACGUCCGAGCGUGGUCUAGACAGCCAGUAUUUGUUGCUGUGGGCAUAGGUGAAAUUUCUUGUAUUCUUAACAUUUCUAUUAAUUUUUGUUAGUUUUGCAGUGUUUA